AUGAAUUCAAAGCAAGCAUCUUUUGACUAUGCGAAAUUCAACGGACAUCAAGUCUCAAAGGCUGUUCUCAUGCAGGGUUUUGGCAUAACCAAGCCACAAUGGGACAACAUUGCAAAGAUGGUCAUCAAAGACCUGAGCAAGCACAAAUUCACCGCACGCGACACAUUCCAAGCUAAGGCUUGCAAAGAAGUUCAGGAGCAGGUCGCUGUUAACAUCAUCAAAGAGUUUCCGGAGCUAUCACUUCAUGUCUCGGAGCCAUGGCUGAAAAAGGGUACCCUACAGAUUGUCAGAUCAGUACAUUAUGCUCGAAGGGUCAAGAAAUCCACGCCAUUGAAAUCCAGACCUUCUACAGGCAAGGCUUCGACUUCUCCUUUGACCAAAACUAUCGCCUCCCCAAGUACGGUGUCUUUCGAUGCUGGACUUAAACGUAUGGAGUCUCAGGACGAGCCCGGGUUAUCCUUUGCGUCAGCCAUAGCAGCCGCGUAUGCUACAAGCCAGAAGCCAGCUGCCAUCUCAGGUGAUAAUCCUACCUUAUCCAACGGGUCAAAGGACGCACACGCUCAGCGCAUCCUCUUCGAUCCACGUGUUGCUCAAUUUAAGAUGCCUGAUACGAGUCCUGCUCCACGUGCCACUGCUUGGGAGAAGAAUCCUAAACCUCAUGGUGAUACCCCUAAGAUGCCAAGCCAGAUUACUCCUGCUCCAAAAAAGGAUGUCCAUCCAGACCUCAAAAAGAUCCAAUUGAUUGCCACAAUAGUCCAGGACCGGACAGAUAGCUCUCUAAUCAACCUAGGUGAGCUAUUACUCAAACAGGAUCGACUUGGGAAAGCCAUCUCGUACUCUUCUCUGGAGGACAUCACCGACGAGGACUGGGAAUACUACUGUUAUACUUAUCUGCCAAGCGAUCUGGAAAGAGGCUUUAUACCUGGCACUGACAAGAUAUACUUUGACAACGGAGGAGAUGAGAUGGUCAGAGUCAAGAACGCAGCCAAUUGGCGUGGAGCAAUGGUUGCGAUGCAGAAAGCAGGGCUUACGCAAUUCAAGUUCUACAUCAAGCAGCCAGUCAACAGAGUCUACAUGAAGAUUGAGGAUGACUAA